GGUUUCUUUGUCUCCGUCUUCUAUUGUUUUCUUAACAGCGAGGUGCGCUCUGCGGUCAGGAAGCGCUGGAGUCGCUGGCACGACCGUCACUCCAUCCGCAGCCGUACCAUUCGUGCCACAUCACUGCCCACAUCGCCCAGCAGAGUAUCCUUCCACAGCAUCAAACAGUCCUCCAACCUCUGACAGUCUGGAUCAUCUCAGUCACAGCUUCCCAUGGGGUCAGCCAAUCAGUGUGCUUCACCCGGACCAGAUCAGAGCAGCCAAUCACAGAGCAGGACACAGAUCUGUCGGUCGGGACUUUUAUUGGAACUGCUUAUUUUCACACUCAAACGGAUCUCUGGAUGCUGCUUCCAUAGAGAUCAAAGGUCAUCAGGCAGCUGGAGUUUGUGUUUUCAUCGACUCAUCUGCUCUGCUCUGUUCUGCCAGCAGGGGGCACUCCUGUUUGGUUCUGUGACCCCACUGUGGUGGUUCUGUUCUGCUGCAAACUAUUUAAAACAACAAAACUUUCUGCUGCUGAGAAGAAAUUUCAAACCCACAAACAGCAAAAACCAACCGUUUUACAGAGCAUGACAAUGUUGCUCAGACUGACCGGAGCGUGGCGUCGAGCAGAGAUGGAUUGUGGGUAGUUGGUGGUCAUCCCUUUGUUUACAUAACGUGGGAAUCCUACUUGCACUGAGAMUGGUUUUUAAAUUCAGGGAGCCUCAAAACAAUCAAAAAAAAUUUUUUUUCAAACUCAUCUCUAAAAUCAGUUUUCAUAGAAUCAGGUGUUAAAUCUUCCCUUCAAGACCGAGAAACAAAUAUGAGAAAAAAAUUAUCAUCAAAAACAGUUCUGACAAAAACUGAUCGCCUGGAGGCUGGGCUACCAUCGAAUGGAGGCGGAGCAUCAAUGUUUGGAGGCGGAGCAUCAGUCUAUAAUCAUGUGACACACGUAUUAAGUAAAACAUGGUGUCCAUCAUUCAUUCAUCAACUAUCAGAGUAUUUAUUAUUUGGAGGUGGGGCUUAUAUUUAUUGUUGGGAGGAGAAGCAUAUAUUUAUUAUUUGGAGGCGGAGCAUAUCUUUAUUGUUUGGAGGCGGAGCAUAUAUUUAUUAUUUGAAGGCAGAGCAUAUAUUUAUUAUUUGGAGGCGGAGCAUAUAUUUAUUAUUUGAAGGCAGAGCAUAUAUUUAUUAUUUGAAGGUGGAGCAUAUAUUUAUUAUUUGAAGGUGGAGCAUAUAUUGUUUGGAGGCGGGUUGUUUGUAUGUGAAGCAGCCAUCAUUUGGAGGUGGAUCUCAGCACUUUUUCUCUCAGGUUUAGUUUUAGUCAUUUCAUUUUUCCAAUAAAUCAAAUCAAGGUACAGAGGUAAAAUAAAAAAGUAACCAUGGUAACAGGGCCAGCAGAUGAAGCAUAUUCUCUCUGAAUAAUUUGAGGAUUCAGAUCACUGAGUCCAGAAAGAUAAAGUUGUUGAUUUUUUUUACUUUAUCUUUUAAGAUGCUUUUAUCUGAACUUUUUAUUGUUUUGUGCAUGUUUACACUUGGCUCUGUCCAGCUGUUGAAUUCUGAACUGAACGGGUUCUGUCUGGUCCAGCGAGAUAAGCUCAUAGUACUAGUUAACCAUAGUAACCACAGUAACCGUAGGAACCUUAGAGUAGUAUGUGUGUGUGAAGGAAAAUACUCAGGAUUAAACUACUCCUUUUCCUCCUUUUCCCUAAACUCUUCGUUGUUAUUGUGGUUGUUGAUGAAAUGAUUUUACUGUAAAUGUGGAUUAAAAUCCAUCUGAUGUUUGA